AUGGCAGGCAGCCACAGAAUCCCAGUACUCCUCCUCUGCUUGUCGGUGGCGUCAAUGGUGGCAGAGUCCGGGAUCGGAGUGAACUGGGGGACGAUGUCCAACCACCGCCUGUCGCCGGAGACGGUUGUGGAUCUCCUCAAGGACAACAAGAUCGGGAAAGUGAAGCUGUUCGACGCCGACCCGGGUGUGCUGAGGGCGUUGAUGGGGAGCGGGAUUGAGGUUAUGGUGGGGAUCCCCAACGAGAUGCUGGCGCUCAUGAGCUCGUCGUCCUCAGCUGCCGACUUGUGGGUCUCGCAGAACGUGUCCAGAUACAUGGGUAAAGGCGGUGCUAAUAUCAAAUACAUUGCGGUAGGAAAUGAACCUUUCCUCACAAGCUACUCCGGACAGUUCCAACCGUACAUCAUGCCUGCCCUCACAAACCUACAGCAGUCCUUAGCAAAAGCGAACCUCGCGGGCCCCGUUAAACUCGUCGUCCCCUGCAAUGCCGAUGCCUACGAAUCCUCUAUCCCUUCACAAGGAACAUUCAGGCCCGAACUCGCCCAGACCAUAACACAGCUCGUCACUUUCCUCAACUCCAACGGCUCGCCUUUCGUGGUGAACAUUUACCCCUUUCUGAGCCUUUAUGGAAAUCCCGAUUUCCCUCAGGAUUACGCCUUCUUCGGCGGCACAGCCCACCCCGUGGCAGAUGGGCCCAACACUUAUGAAAACGCAUUCGAUGGAAAUUUCGACACUUUAGUCUCAGCCCUGACCAAACUCGGGUACCCCCAGAUGCCGAUUGUGAUAGGGGAAGUGGGCUGGCCCACAGAUGGGACCGUGAGCGCGAACCUGAGCGCGGCCCGAGCCUUCAACCAAGGGCUCGCUUACCAUGUCCUGAGCAACAAAGGAACCCCUCUCAGGCCAGGCGUGCCCCCCAUGGACGUGUACCUCUUCAGCCUUUUUGACGAGGGGGCGAAAAGCGUUCUCCCAGGAAAUUUCGAGAGGCACUGGGGAAUAUUCUCGUUCGACGGGCAAGCAAAGUACGGGCUGAAUCUUGGCAAUGGGCUUCUGAAGAACGCGAAGCGGGUCGAGUAUUUGCCGUCGAGAUGGUGUGUGGCGAACCCUAUGCGUGAUUUAUCGGCUGUGGCGAGUCAUUUUAAGCUCGCGUGUAGCUUUGCGGAUUGCACGACUUUGAACUACGGGGGAUCGUGCAAUGACAUAGGGGAGAAGGGGAACAUAUCGUACGCGUUCAAUAGCUACUAUCAGAUGCAGAAGCAGAAUCCGAAGAGCUGUGAGUUUGACGGGCUCGGGAUGAUCACGUUCUUGGAUCCUUCGGUCGGGGAUUGCCGGUUUCUUGUUGGGGUUACAGAUGUGAAUUCUUUAGGGUUUAGAUUGGAUGGUGGGAGGAUUAAGGUUAUGCUGUUGAUUGUUUUUUGGAUGUUUAGAUUGUUUGUAGCAUGA